AUGUGUCUUUUACUCUCACCACCUGCUAUCUGUACUCAUAUCUUUUCCUCUUGCCACCUGCUCUCUGUACUGAUGUCUUUGUCUUGCCACCAGCUCUCUGUACUCGUGUCUUUUCGUCUUGCCACCUGCUCUCUGUACUCGUGUCUUUUCCUCUUGCCACCUGCUCUCUGUACUCGUGUCUUUUCGUCUUGCCACCUGCUCUCUGUACUAAAUGUCUUUUCCUCUCGCCACCUGCUCUCUCUGUACUCGUGUCUUUUCGUCUUGCCACCUGCUCUCUGUCCGUGUCUUUUCCUCUCGCCACCUGCUCUCUGUACUCGUGUCUUUUCGUCUUGCCACCUGCUCUCUGUACUCGUGUCUUUUCCUCUCGCCACCUGCUCUCUGUACUCGUGUCUUUUCGUCUUGCCACCUGCUCUCUGUACUCGUGUCUUUUCCUCUCGCCACCUGCUCUCUGUACUCGUGUCUUUUCCUCUUGCCACCUGCUCUCUGUACUCGUGUCUUUUCCUCUCGCCACCUGCUCUCUGUACUCGUGUCUUUUCCUCUUGCCACCUGCUCUCUGUACUCAUGUCUUUUUGUCUUGCCACCUGCUCUCUGUACUCGUGUCUUUUCCUCUUGCCACCUGCUCUCUGUACUGAUGUCUUUUCCUCUUGCCACCUGCUCUCUGUACUCGUGUCUUUUCCUCUUGCCACCUGCUCUCUGUACUCAUGUCUUUUCCCUCUCGCCACCUGCUCUCUGCUUUCGUGUCUUUUCCUCUUGCCACCUGCUCUCUGUACUGAUGUCUUUUGUCUUGCCACCUGCUCUCUGUACUCAUGUCUUUCCUCUUGCCACCUGCUCUCUGUACUCAUGUCUUUUCCUCUUGCCACCUGCUCUCUGUACUCGUGUCUUUUCGUCUUGCCACCUGCUCUCUGUACUGAUGUCUUUUCCUCUUGCCACCUGCUCUCUGUACUCAUGUCUUUUCCUCUUGCCACCUGCUCUCUGUACUGA